GUGAAAGACCGACCAAGCACCCCAAGUAUUUAGGCUUUGGUGUUGAACAAUCGGGCAUUAGAACAGACUCACAUGAAACUCUGAUGGACUAGACCUCUUGGCUGUCUUACUGUAUAAAUCCAAAUCAGAAAGACUUCUUCUGAGAACAAACCUUAACGUAGCUAUAUCCUCUUUUUGUUUCUAGCAAAAUAGUCUUGUCGGCUUCUAGAUCGUCGUGUAAAAUACGACAACCUCGAGCUAGUACGGAAUCAUUCAAGACCUGGUGGUAGUGUACUCGUCUGGGCUGUCGAUAUUUGCUCCUCUCAUCAAGCUACUGACAGUCAUCGGACGACAAGCACAGCACUUCAAUCGUCUUUUUCUGACAAGAUAAUCAAUCGCCAUGGCUUCCGCUACGACAAUCUACGACUUCAAGCCCCUCAACAAGAAGGGCGAGGAGACCCCUCUGGCCGACUACAAGGGCAAGGUCGUCCUGGUAGUCAACACGGCCUCCAAGUGCGGCUUCACGCCGCAGUACGCCGGCCUCGAGGCCCUGUACAAGAAGAUCACCGAGAAGCACCCCGAGGACUUUACCAUCCUCGGCUUCCCCUGCAACCAGUUUGGCGGCCAGGAGCCCGGCACCGACGACGACAUUCAAAACUUUUGCCAGGUCAACUACGGCGUCACCUUCCCCAUCAUGAAGAAGGUCGACGUCAACGGCGACAACGCCGACCCGCUCUUCAAGUGGCUCAAGGAGGAGAUGCCCGGCAUCAUGGGCCUCAAGCGCGUCAAGUGGAACUUUGAAAAGUUCCUGAUUGGCAGGGACGGCAAGGUCAAGGGCCGCUGGGCGAGCACGACCAAGCCCGAGUCGCUCGAGAAGGACAUUCUCAAGGAGAUUGAGGCUCCCAAGCCGUCCAUCUAAAUGUGGUUUUUUUUUCUCUCCUCAACUUGCUCUUUGCUAAACCUGCGUGGAGGAUUGUAAUGUUUUCUUUGCUGCGUCUACCUGUUGCCGGUUCCAAGCCACUGUGUCGGAGAUGUGUAACGGCACGGGCCAGGAAGUUUAGUAAAAGUAAUGAUAUCCGCCCUAUAUCUUCGUUACCUUUUCGUUACCUUGUCAUUGCAUGACGUGAGUGGCAUAUUGUUCUUGAUUGCGUA